UGGAAUCCAUAAAAUCGUCUGUGCCCUGUAGGUAUAUAAAGCCGCACUCUCUGCAGAUGCAGAUCGCUGCAGAUUUCACACCUAAGCUCCUCGGUACCUGUUUCAUGUGCCUGUCACACAAUGGGGAGAAUUUUGCCGUUCGCUUUGGUAGGAUUCCUUUACCUUGGUCUCUUGGUUGGAAGUGCUCCGACGAAGCAACGGUUGGUGAGAUCAUCGGGUGGUACCACAGGCCUCAAAAUAGCCGCAUUCAAUGUGCAGAUAUUUGGUAAAACCAAGAUGUCUAAAGAAGAGGUGGUGGAUAUCCUGGUCCAGAUAGUUCAACGCUACGAUAUUAUUCUUAUUCAAGAAAUCAGAGAUGUUUCCCAGGAAUCUAUAUAUGAACUACUGAGUCUUGUCAACCAGCAAGGCGGGCAUUCCUACUCCAUGGAGCUCAGCGAACGUCUGGGACGCUCGAGAGUCAAGGAACAGUACGCUUUCCUGUACAGAGAUGAAUCUGCUACUGUGCUUGAGUCUUAUCAGUACGACGACGGACCAGAUGACGGCAGUGACGCAUUUGAAAGAGAACCGUUUUUUGUGAAGUUCCGAUCCCUUAUAUCAGGCGUAGAAUUUGUCUUAUGCACGUUGCAUGCUAAACCUACGGAUGCCGUCAAUGAACUUAACGCCCUCGCUGACGUUGUGAGUAUUGACGUCGCAAACAAGUGGCCAACGGACGACGUGCUUGUUUUGGGAGACUUGAACGCAGAUUGCAACUACGUGCGCGACCUAACAUGUUCUGCAUUGUCACUGCGUUGUUCACCGUUCACGUGGCUGAUACCCGACGACGCUGACACCACCGUGUCUACCACGGACUGUGCCUACGAUAGGUUUGUAGCACGGGGCCAGGAUUUGGUCGAUGGCAUCAGCAACGUCAGCGUGUUCCGCUUCGACCUGGAAUAUGGUCUUACAAACGAGGAGGCCAAAGCAGUGAGUGACCACUAUCCCAUAGAGCUGGAGCUUGUUUAGACACGGACUUAAACUGCGUUCAAUUUAUUUUAGUUGCAAUCGCUCUUAAUAGUUUUAAAGAUUAUGAACCGUUUUGUUCAUAGUCAAUUAAACAAUACUUGAGCAAUUGUAAUUUGAACGAACUCUUUGGUGAAGGGAAUUUGACAACUGGAUACAAAUUUAUUUUGUUCGUUUCUGUGGAAAGAAA